AUUGAAUAACAAAUAACAUUGAAAUACAUUCACAGAUAUACUGUAUAUAUAUAUAUAGAGAGAGAGAGAGAGAGAGAGAGACGACAACAACACAAACACUACACAAAAAACAGACACAAAAAAGUCAUUUUUUUUUUUGGUUAGUUUUUACAAUAAAUGUUUGUUUGUGUCACCACUUCUUCUUCUGCUUCUUCUUCAUCGUUAGUCAUCACUCACUCACCACAACAUCAUUGGUAUCUUAUCUCUCACUCUCUCUCUGAGUGUCUUCAACUGCAGUGUGUCCAUCACAUUGUGUGGAAGUGUGUAAUGAAGAAGUGAUUUAGAUUUGGAUUUGGAUUUCAAUAGACAGACAGACAGACCAGUUGUUUGUCAGCCAAACUCUCGCAGAUCAAGAAAGCGAGAGAAAUGAGUGAAUCAGAUGGCAAUAUCACUACUACUACUACCGCCACCACAACUACUACUACUCCUGAGUUGACACCCGAUGAGCUAAGACGUCGACGAUUGGCUCGACUCGAGACCAUCACUACCACAACAACAACUACAGCUCCCGUCUCCGUCAUUGCCAACAACAACAACAAUAACAGCUCUCAAGAUGUUGAUAGUCUGAGUAGUGAUGAAUCAAAAGAAAACAAAUGUUUGGAUGAAUCAAACAGUGUCGGUGUCGUCGCUAUAGCUGUGGAUGACGACGACGACCAUAAAGAGUCACUACCCAAGGCUAGUAUAGCCACUACUGAUGGCGAAGUGGUAACCGAUAGCAAUUCAUUUGAUGGUACGUCUAAUAAGACAUCGGUAGUCGGUGUCGUCGACACUGAUAGCAAAUAUAGCAAUAAUAUUGGUUUCAAUGAUGACAACGACAACACAAACAGCAGAAGCAAACCCUUAUUGCAGACACCGUUAGUGUUGAGUUGUUUGAACGCAGAAUCAACUAAUAAUAAUAAUAAUAAUCAUAAAAAAGAUGACAUAACUGGUGGCGAAUCAGUUCCUAUGGAUGUCGACAACGACAAUACAGUUACUGCCGACAGUAGUUCAGAUAAUAUGGACAUUACAGUCGCUGUUGUCGCCGCUGCCGCUGUCGAUGAUGUCCACAACAACAACAAUAGUACCGACGAUAAGAAACACAAAAGAUUAAGAUCUAGUGAACAACAAUUGACAGAUGAAUCGACAAAUGAAAGUUGUUUUUCUACUACUGGUAAUAGUUUGGCCACCGCUGCUGAGGAAGCUAUAAGUGGUAGUAAACCAACUUUGGAUGAACUAAAGUUGGCAAUGAUAUCGCGUGUAUUAUCAGUUAAAUGGUUUAAGAAAACAACAACAACUACUGAUGAUUGUUGUUUAACUACUAGUACUGGUCCACAGUUUUUAUAUAUAGAAUUAGAUGAAACAAUUACUGUCACCGAAACUGAUACCGAUUUCGAUAAUUUAGUUCAAUACUUGUUAAUGGAAGUUAUCCAUCGAUUGGCUACAAAUGAUGAUUGCGGUGAUAAUGAUUAUCCGACGGCCUUAAAGUUGUAUAAAUUAUUGCAGCAGCAAAACAAUCACCGAUUGACAGUAGAAAACGGUGUCAUCAACUCCAUCGCCGCCGCGGUUACCGAGUCGUCAUCAUCGUCGUCGGCAAUGAUUGUCACCAAUCAAUUAAGUCACGGCAAAGAUGUCCGCUAUUUGAUUGUUAGCUAUCUUGUCGACUGUUUUGAUCGAUCGAUAGCCGAAGAAAAGACAAUAACAACAACUACCGGUACUACUAAACAACUAUUGGAUCCAUCAGUAGGGCAAUUGUUGGGCACAAUUAGGUCGCAAUGUCUACAUUAUUCAUCGCUUGUCUUUGCAAACUCAUUGCCGAUGACGGCGGCCACGGCUGCGGCUUCAGCGGCGGCGGCGUCACAUCAGGACAACUCGCACUCAAUAUUGGCUCAAUUUUUACUGAAUCAUUGGCUGCCGAAAGAUUUUACAUCGGCUCUGAUCUCAUCAAUGUUUACGACGACGACAAAUAAUGGCAACAAUUCAUUAAUAUUAUUCAAAACAAUCUUCAGCCGAGUAUUGCGCUGUUUGUGGCAAGAAAUGCAAAAGACAUGUAGUCUUGUUCGCGAUUUUACAGCCUAUAGACGGCCACUACAGUUGUUACUCGAGUUAACACAGAUUACUGUUACGGUAAACGAUAAAAAUUUGCGACCCAUUUGCCAAUUGAUGACCGAAUUGGACAAUUGGUCGCCCGAACCAAUAACCGAAGCCAUUGGCCGAGAGUUAUCUCGUUUUUCCUAUUUGUCACCAUUUCUUGGUCUAUCGGUGUUCGCCGAAGAUGACCACAAAGUUGUUGAUAAAUAUUUUAAGAAUAGCGGCACUGAUGGUAGCAGUAGUAGUGGUAAACAACUAAAGAAUUCAGAUCUUCAGCACCAAUUGGAAUCGGUUCGAACGGAUCAGUUGUACGAAAUAUUUCAUUCGCUUAUAUUGAAUCCGACCAGUCGUGAGCCGACAUUGAAAUAUGUUAGUCAAGUAUUGUUGAUAAACAAAGAACGAUCGCAACUACAAUCAGAUGAACGACUGGUAUCUGGCGAUGGAUUUCUAAUGAAUCUGCUAACAGUACUUCAGCAGUUAUCUGUACGUAUCAAACGCGACAAAAUCGAACCCAUGUAUCAGUUCCAGUCGACAUCGUUGGUACCGAUCAAACGGGAUGAAUCACGUAUCAAAUUUACGUCAACCGAAGCCGAUGAAUGGCUAUCGUCUUCGUCGUCGUCGUCGAAGAAAAUGUGUCCACAAACCGAUGACCAACAACAACAACAACAACAGCGGGAGGAGUGGCCAUCAAAACCAAACUUUUCGUCCGAAUGUUUCUUCUUGACCCUACACUGCCAUCACAUAAGUGUCAUACCGUGUCAGCGACGGUACGGCCGCCGUAUUCGUGCCAUUCGCGAACUCAAUCGCUAUAUCGACGAAAUCAAUCUGAUUGGUUCAUCGCUGCCCGAAACCCAUCGGCGAACUCAACAACUAAAAGUCGGUCGACUCAGAGAUCAGGUGAAGAAACUUCAGGAGGCGAAAGCCUGCGCCGAAUGCGGUCUAUUAGAUGAAAAACUUUUGGGCCGUUGUCUUGGAUUCUAUAAUCAACUGAUUGGUCUACUAUUGAAAACAAUUGGCUGUUCGGAUCAUUCGACAAUAUCGUUACCGUUGUCCUCGAAAAUACCCGAUAUAUUUGCCGCCUAUCCUGAAUGGUAUAUCGAAGAUAUUGCCGACUAUUUGCUAUUUGUUAUACAAUAUUGUCCGCAAAUAUUGGAUCCAAAUAACCCGAACUACGACUAUCGUAAUUCGCAUGAAUUGUUUGUCUUUUUGAUUGUAAUGAUAUGUUCGCCAAACUAUAUCAGUAACCCGUACUUGACGGCCAAGUUUAUCGAAGUCCUAUUCGUUGCCAGUCCGCUACUACACCAAUACACUCAAGAGUUUUAUGUACAACUAUUUAGCCAUCAACUGGCCGAACAACAUAUGGCCGGAUCAUUGAUGAAAUUCUAUACGGAUAUUGAAUCUACCGGUGCUUCCAGCGAAUUCUACGACAAAUUUUCCAUACGCUAUCACAUAAGCAUUAUAUUCAAAUAUAUGUGGUCAUCAAAUCCCGUACACAAGAUGGCCAUCAUCGACGAGUCGACUAACGGCAAACAGUUUAUCCGAUUUAUCAAUAUGUUGAUGAAUGAUACCACCUAUUUGUUGGAUGAGAGUCUACAGAGUCUCAAACGUAUACACGAUGUCCAGGAAGAGAUGAAAGACCCGGAUGUAUGGUCGAAACAAACCCGCGAACAUCAAUCGAAUAGACAGCGAGCACUGGCCACCGAUGAACGUCAAUGUCGAUCAUAUUUGACUCUGGCUAACGAAACCGUGGAUAUGUUACACUAUCUAACCGAAUCAAUACUCGAACCGUUUAUGAGACCCGAAUUGGUCGACCGAUUGGCCGCUAUGUUGAACUCGAAUCUUCAGCAACUAUGCGGUCCGAAAUGUAAUGCCCUGAAAGUAACUAAUCCCGAAAAGUAUGGCUGGGAUCCCAAACACCUAUUGAAUCAAUUGACCGAUAUUUAUAUACAUUUAAAUUGCGAUAAAUUUGCUCAGGCCAUUGCUAGCGAUGAACGAUCGUAUAGUAAGUCGCUGUUCGACGACGCCGUCGUCCGGAUGGAGCAACGAUUGAACAAAAGUCACCAUAAAAUCGAUUCAUUCAAAUCGUUGAUAGUAUCUGUUGAACAACGUAUUGUCGAAAAAUUGAAAUUUGAAUCGCAAGACUGGAACGAAGUACCCAAUGAAUACAAAGAUCCGGUAAUGGAUACACUAAUGGAUGAUCCGGUAAUAUUGCCGACAAGCGGUAAAAUUAUGGACAGAAGUAUAAUCAUCAGACAUCUCUUGAACUCGAAUACCGAUCCAUUUAAUCGGCAGUUUCUUACCGAAGAUAUGCUUAAACCAGCCACCGAACUUAAAGAGGAGAUCCAGAGGUGGAAAGCAAUUAAAUACGAGUCUAUUGGAGAUAAAUAAUUAAAAUAAUAAAUAAAUAAAUGAUUUGAAUGAUUAUGAUUUGGGCGAUAAAAUUAUAAUUAAUUAUUUAAAUAAAUAAACAA